AUGAAAAGAAAUAGUAGUGGUAUUUUAAAUUUUUUCUCGAAAAAAAAAGCUGUCGAUUCUACUUCUACUAUUACUACAAGUGAACCUAUCGAAAAUGACAAUACUGAUAAUCAACAGGUUACACAGCAAUGUAGUUCAGAAUGUUUAGAUAGCACAGUCAAUGAUAUUGCUUUAUUUAUUAACCGUAGUUUGUCAGAUAGUGAAAAAAAUAUAGUGUUAACCAGCUUAUGGGUGCCGCCAAAUACUUACAAUUUUCCUCUAUUAGAAAUAAAUAAAAAAAGAGGACUUAAAUUUCAGCACAAAUGGCUUCAAUCUUUUUCUUGGCUAUGCUACUCUGAGAAAUUUAAUGGUGCAUUUUGUAAAUAUUGUGUGCUUUUUGCUUCUCGCGGUGGUAUUGGAUCUCAACCACUUGGGUUUUUUGUAAUAAAACCAUUUCAAAACUGGAAGAAAUCUAUAGAAAUGUUUUCCAACCAUAGCACAUUGGAAUACCAUAGAACUUCUAUUUUAAAAGCUGAUCAUUUUUUAACCAUUUUUCUUAAGAAUAAACCAUCAAUCAUUGAUCAACUGGAUGAUAAUAGAAUUAAACAAAAGAAGUUAAACAGAUUAAAAUUGACUCCUAUUAUCGAUUGCAUUGUUCUUUGUGGAAGACAAGAAAUAGCUCUCCGUGGACACAGAGACUCUGGCUCUAUUAAUUUUAGUGGUGAACCUCAUGACAAUAAUGAGGGAAAUUUCCGUGCUAUAUUUAAAUAUAAAGCUAAAGACCUAGACUACUUGAAAGAACAUUUAGAAUCAGAUUUUCAAUACAAAUAUAUAAGUCCCAAAAUACAAAACGAAAUUAUUUCUAUCAAUGAAACAACUGAUGUGUCACUAAACGAGCAACUAACAUUAUGUGUUCGAUAUAUUAAGGGUGACGGUGAUGGUGUUGAAAUUCAUGAAAGUUUUUUAAAAUAUGUUGAAAUAAGUAGUUUAACUGGAAAUGAUGUGGCUUGUGCAAUACUUGAAGGCUUAAAAUCUUGUGGUAUUGACUGUUCAAAAAUGUGUGGCCAAGGAUAUGAUGGUGCUGCUAAUAUGUCAGGAAAAUUUAAAGGAGUACAAACAGUGAUAAGAAAUGUUUACCCAAGGGCUUUAUAUGUGCAUUGUGCUGCCCACUCUUUGAAUUUAGCAGUGUCAUCAUCUUGUGAACUUCAGUCUGUUAGGAAUUGUUUGGGUUUAUUGCAAAAAAUGCAUUGUUUUUUCAACACUCCUAAGAGGAACAAUGUACUUUUGGAAAUGAUUGCUAAAAGUGACUUAACCCCUUCUGCCAAGUCACUCAAACAACUGUGUGCUACACGAUGGGUAGAGAGAUACACGGCAGUUAAUGAUUUUAUUGAACUCUUUACAUGUGUUGUAGAUGCAUUAGAUGAAAUAUCAUGUACUUUUAAUGACAUUUCUUCGACAACUGAUGCAGGUAUAUUAAAAAGGGCGAUGGACUCAGAAUUUUUCAUUGCGCUACAAGUCGUUAAGGUGAUGUUUUCAUAUGGAUUACCAUUGUGUAAAUAUUUACAAAAAAGUAAUAUUGAUCUUAAGGAAGCUGUAGAGUUAGCUGAGCCUAAUAUAUCAGUACUUGAAGAAUUUAGGACAAAUAUUAAAAAAGAAUUUAAACUUAUGUUUAAAGAAGCAGAAAAAAUGGCUUUGGUUCUGGACAUGAAUAUAACUGUAAAACGGUUAAAUAAAAGACAACAGAACCGUGCAAAUCCAUUUUCAGACGUGGGAUCGGUUAGUCCAGAAGAUUAUUAUAGAAUAACAAUAGCAAUUCCUUAUAUUGAAUCAUUUAUAAGUAAUUUAAAGGAACGAUUUCUUGUGCAUAAAAAUAUUUUUGAAGGUUUCCAGUGUUUAUUUUCAAAUGAAAUUGAACAAGAAUCAUUUGAAAAACUUGUCAAAUUUUACCUUGACACAGAUGUUCAUAUAGUUAUUGCUGAACUGAAAAUAUGGCAGUCAAAGUUAAGGAAAAUUGAUAAAUUUCCUAAAACGGCUAUAGAUGCAUUACGUUUAUGUAAUUUUGAAAUUUUCCCUAACAUCUACCAACUUUUCAAAAUACUAUGCACCUUGCCGGUCUCUACCUCGACUCCAGAAAGAACAUUUUCAUGUUUGAAAAGACUUAAGACCUAUCUGAGAAACACAAUGACUGAAGACCGUCUUAAUGGACUAACGUUGUUGGCCAUUCAUAAAGAUGUGCCUGUUGAUUCAGAAAAAGUUCUUGACAUUAUGUCCGAAAAAUCGAGAAAAAUCAAUAUUUUAAUUUGA